AUGUCUAAAUUAGUUGAUCUUCCCCCAAAUGAAAGAAAAUUAGUCAAGUGCACCAAAUUUGCAAGAAUAUUUAAUAUCAAUGACAAAUAUGCGAUUAAAUCAAUAACCACAGAUUUCAUUGUAGCUCCUCAUAACUAUGAAUUUGAAAAAUCCAUCUUAUUAAAACUUAGAAGUGCAAUCGAGGAAUCCUCAAAUUUAGAGAAAGGUGCUAUUCAUAUAAUUGAAUUAUUGGAUUUUGGUCGGAAUCCAGCCGAUGAGGAUGAAGUAGAAUUAUUAUUCCCUUAUUAUUCAUUCAGUCUGUAUGAAGUGAUGAGAGCUCAAUAUAAGCAAUCAGCGCAUCAAGAACCAAAAAGGAAGUUCAAUCCCUAUUACAAUUUGACUACAGAUGUGGAUAAAGAAGGUACUGUGACUGGAACUAAAGAAUUAAUAUAUAAAAAUUAUUUUGACGUGAAUAAAUACGCAUACAAAUAUUUCCUUCAGAUCGCAGAAGGUUUACAAUUUAUACACCACAAUGGGAUCAUUCAUAGAGAUAUAAAGCCACAUAAUAUAAUGGUUGAUCUAGAGACUGAUUUGUUAAAGAUUACUGAUUUCGGCAUAUCAUAUGAUACCAACGAUACUAAGCAGACCAUCGGUGAACCUUCUGAACGAAAGAUUACAGACGUAUCCUCUUCUAUAUACAAAGCUCCUGAGCUAUUAUUAGGGGUGAAAAAUUAUGGAUAUAGUAUUGAUAUAUGGUCUUUAAUGAUUUUAGUAUCACAAUGGUUUCAAAAAGAUACUAAAAUUAUCUCGACUACAGGGAAAACUGUCUCGGAAACUCGAGAUGAUUUUUAUAUCCCAGCCAUAAUUGAUGAUGGUACACAAGAUGGACAAAAUGGUAGCGAUAUACGAUUAUUGCUGAGUAUAUUUGCUAAAUUUGGAUACCCUAAAGUUGAAGAUUGGAGAGAGGUUUCAGAAUUUGGUUCAGAGGAUGCAUUUAUUGGAAUGUUCGGAGAAAAAGGUGAUGGAAAAUAUUUUAAAUAUCAAUCUGUUGAAGGACAACUCCAGCAAUUAAGAGAGUUCUUGCCUAGAUUGGAUGAAAUUAACGAUGUUCCCAUCAGAGAAGGAAUCUUAAGUGCCUUGACCAAAAUGUUGGAAUACGAUUCGACCAAAAGAAUAUCUAGUGACAAAUUAGUAAUCGAAUUGGCAUCCCUAUGA